CUGAAUAGACACCGCUGGGAAGGACAGGAAGCCAUGGACCUCUUGUGUGGAUUCUACUUGAUGGAUAUUCUUAUCCUCCUGUCUGAGUUAGCGCUCGGCGGCGCUCUACCACGGACGGCACCACCACUGGAGCCUGGUGUGCCGUUUCUGUUCAUGUGGAAUGCCCCGACGGAACUCUGCGAGUCGCGCUUCGCCAUAGAGCUGGAUCUCUCCUAUUUCCAGUUGGUCAGUAGCACUCUCAAAACGGCCACCAACCAGAGCAUCUCCAUCUUCUACACGGACCGCUUUGGCUUGUUCCCCUACGUGGACGAGGAAACGGAGACCUUCUACGACGAGGGGCUGCCUCAGCUGAUCGACUUCAAAGAGCACCGCGAGCUCGCAGAAGACGACAUCCUCCACUACAUCCCAGGCAGUCUCCCCGGCCUGGCGGUGCUCGACUUUGAGGAGUGGCGACCACAGUGGAUACGAAACUGGGGAAGCAAAGACGUCUACAGAGAGAAGUCCAUUGAGAUAAUCAUGCAAAAAAACGCCUCCUUGACCUACGAUGCAGCGGAGGACAUUGCCAUCCGGGUCUUCGAGAGAGCAGCCAAGAGAUACUUCCUGAAGUCCCUGCAGCUGGGGAAGCGGCUGAGGCCCGAGCGGAGGUGGGGAUACUACCUCUACCCCGACUGCUACAACUACCACUACAACCGUGACAUGGUCCACUUCACUGGGGAGUGUCCGGCACUGGAGAAGCAGAGGAACAACAACCUGCACUGGCUCUGGGAGGAGUGUACCGCUCUGUUCCCCUCUAUCUACCUGGAGCUGGUCCUGAGGGAGUCCCACCAGGCCAGGCUGUACGUGCGCCAUCGCAUUCAAGAAGCUGUGCGGGUAUCCGUGCUCUCCAACCCGAACUACUCCACGCCUAUCUAUGCCUACAUACGCCCAGUGUUUAAAGAUAGUGAUAUCAACUACCUGUCGGAGUAUGACCUCGUGAACACCAUCGGGGAGGCUGCAGCUCUGGGGGCCGCUGGGGUUGUUUCCUGGGGCGAUAUGGACAUCACUGACACAGAGGAAACCUGUAUUGCCGCUAGACGCCACCUGGAGAAAGUGAUGAACCCGUACAUCGUGAACGUCACCGCGGCGACCGCGCUGUGCAGCCGAGCCCUGUGCCGGGAGAGCGGGCGCUGCGUGAGGAAGCGCUGGGACAGUGACGCCUACCUCCACCUGGACCCCCGACACUACCGCAUCGCGAUGGACCGCGACGGACAAUGGUUUGUGAAGGGAGAGCUCUCUCAGGACGACAUAGAUUGGUUCGCGCGGAGGUUCGACUGCCUGUGCUACUCGGGAGAACCCUGCCAGUCUCCUCUCGUCCUAAAUGCCAUGACCAACUUCGUCCAUGACAACACCACCGCCGCCGGCAGCAGCAGCCAUCUGCAGAUGCUCUCUGUGGUCCUGGUGCUGACCUGCGCUCUCCUCUCCCUGCACCACAGCUGUCUAUAGGGAGAACCCAAGAAAGCCAAAGGAGUUAGCACACAAUACAUUUACAUUUAGUCAUUUAGCAGAUGCUUUUGUCCAAAGCGACGUACAAGGGAGAGAACAG